GGGUUGGUGCUCCCCGUCCACUCCUCGGCAGCUGCUAUCCACCGUCGCUCUCUUCGCCUUCGGUGCGGGGCUCCUUGCCUACGGCGCUCAUCUCUCCUACGUCCACAUCGAGCCCCAGCGCGCGCGCACGCUCGCCCGAGAUCAGUUCGUCCGCGACUACCUGCGCAGGAAGCACGACAAGUAGCUCCCACACGAGAUCCCCCCAGCCCGAUCAAUUACUCGGCGGCGAUGACUUUGGCCCCCACGAGCGAGCCGGUGAUCGCGGAGGUGGAGAUGAACGCCGGCGCCGACCAGGGUGCCACCACCGUGCGGGCCACUGUUGUGCAGGCCUGUAGCGUGUUCUACGAUACCCCUGCCACCAUUGAUAAAGCAGAGAAAUUGAUAGCAGAGGCAGCUGGAUAUGGUUCACAGUUGGUUCUUUUUCCAGAAGUCUUUGUUGGUGGCUACCCUCAUGGCUCGACCUUUGGACUGACUAUUGGCAGUCGAUCUGCCAAGGGAAAAGAAGACUUUCGGAAGUAUCAUGCAGCUGCUAUAGACGUGCCUGGCCCAGAGGUGACUCGCUUAGCUGCAUUGGCUGGAAAAUACAAGGUCUUCUUGGUGAUUGGGGUGGUUGAAAGGGCAGGCUACACACUGUACAAUACGGUACUCUCCUUUGAUUCUUUGGGAAAAUACCUAGGAAAGCACCGUAAGCUCAUGCCUACCGCACUGGAACGAGUGUUCUGGGGAUUUGGAGAUGGAUCUACUAUACCGGUGUAUGAUACUCCACUUGGAAAGAUUGGUGCCGUCAUCUGCUGGGAGAACAGAAUGCCACUUAUCAGGACAGCAAUGUAUGCCAAAGGUGUUGAAAUAUACUGUGCUCCCACUGCAGAUACACUGCCAAGUUGGCAGGCUUCCAUGACACACAUUGCCCUUGAAGGCGGGUGCUUUGUUCUCACAGCAAACCAGUUCUGUCGCAGAAAGGACUAUCCUCCCCCGCCUGAGUACACCUUUGGUGGCCUGGAUGAAGAGCCAUCCCCAGAAACUGCUGUUUGUACUGGAGGGAGUUCCAUAAUUUCGCCAUCUGGGACAGUUUUGGCAGGUCCGAACUAUGAAGGCGAGGCCCUCCUCACAGCUGACCUGGACCUUGGAGAAAUUGUUCGAGCAAAGUUCGAUUUCGAUGUUGUGGGACACUACGCACGACCUGAGGUGCUGAGCCUGACCGUGAAGACCGAACCGAAGCUCGCUGUGUCUUUUGCUUCUACAGGGAAUAAAACAUGAUGCGCAAAGAGCGAGUAUAAGUCGAUGACCUAAUGGCCAGUAAUUUUCCAUCACACCGUGUAUAACAAACUAUUCAUCUGGCCUUUUUGUUGUAAAGAUUUGGUUACCAGGCUUGAUAGAAUAAACAGGGCAUAUAUGGUCUCACUCCAUGGUAGACACCAGCUAGGAAAAGAAAUUCCUAAAUGUAUACUAUCUAAAAUCCUUAAAUUUCAGUUUACAAGGUGCAUAUCUAAAAUCCUUAAAUUUCAAUA